AUGCUUGUUGAUCCACAUUAUGUCAAUGACCAUCUGUCACAAUUUAGGUCUCCGGCCUCAUCGCCUAAUGUUGGAACCUCAACAAGCACACAACCACAAGGCAUUCUUGAUUCUCUUGACCCAAACAAUGUAGAUGUAUUUGGCGAUGCAGAGAUGAAUGACACUGAUGAAGAUGAUGAUGAAGAGGUAAUUGAAUCUCAUGAUAAGGCAAUUAAAGGAAGCGCCCCCACUUCAGACUUCAAUGAAGUGGCGCAAGUUGAUCCUCCUAGAAAUAAAACAAUUCGAGUUGUGGAGGCAGAGCCAGAGAAAUAUGUUGUUGAGUGCAAGAGGAAAGAACAAUGUAGUUGUUUGUGGAGGCUUAGAGGAGUGAAAGAUCCAACACUCUCUACGUUUAAAAUUGUGAGGUACAACGACCCUCAUGCAAGUAACUGUGUUGGUGACAUCGACUCGGGAGAUCAUAAGCUACUCACUUCCGAGUUCGUUUGCAAUGCUCUUCUAGAUGUCAUUCGCGUUGAUCCUUCAUUGAAAAUCAAGACAAUGGUGCAACUUGUGAAAGAGAAAUUUGAUGGAUUCCAAAUAACCUACAAGAGAGCAUGGCUAGCGAAACAAAAGGCAAUAAAACUCAUUUGUGGGGAUUGGGAGGGUUCAUAUGAACAGUUGCCUAAGUACAUGCAAGCUCUGAAGGAAUCAAAUCCUGGAACUGUUGUUGAGUGGAGGUUGUUAGAGAGUACGGUUCCUGGAACACAUGUUUUUCAACGAGUCUUUUGGGCAUUCAAGCCAUGUAUUGAUGGAUUCCGUCACUGCAGACCCCUUAUCACCAUUGAUGGCACUCAUUUAUAUGGCAAAUACAAAGGCACUCUACUUAUUGCUAUGGGAACGAAACUAUUCCCCCUCGCUUUUGCGGUUGUCGAAGGAGAGAACAAUGAUAGCUGGUCUUGGUUCAUGGCUUGUAUUCGUGCUCGAGUUACAGAUAGGAAAGGGCUAUGUGUGAUAUCUGACAGACAUGCUGGUAUUUUAGCAGCAAUGGAAGAAGUUGAAAGUGGUUGGGAGGAGCCCAAUGCCUACCACAAGUACUGUACACGACACUUGGCUUCUAAUGUGAACUCAAAAUUUAAAAGUGUCGUCAUAAAGAACCUCUUUGGCAAAGCAGCUACUGCAAGGCAGAAGAAGAAGUUUGAUUACUACAUCAACAAAAUUGGUGACUUGAAUGUAGAGGCCCGUAGGUACUUGAUGGAAAUUCCGUACAGUAAGUGGUCCAUUCAUCAUGAUGGUGGUUUCAGGUUUGGUGUGAAGACUACAAACAUGUCGGAAGUUUUCAAUGGAGUCUUAAAGGGGGCUCGAUGUCUCCCGAUAACCGCUUUAGUGCAAAUGACCUUUUUCCGGGUUAACUCCUAUUUUGCAACUAGAAGAAGUUGGAGUAAAAGAAGACUUGAAGAGGGCCAUGAGUUAUCAGAAAAGGCUAUGAAGACAAUAGAAGCCAACAUGGAGAAAGCCACGCACCAUGAGGUUGUUGCUUUUGACUAUGAUGCCAUCGGGUUGUAUCAGGUUAGGACCGUUCGUGGAAGGAGAAAAGCUGGUAAAGGUGGUAACUCCCACACUGUGAAUCUGUUGAGCAAGACAUGUACUUGUGAGAAAUUGAGAAUAUACAACCUCCCAUGCUCUCAUGUCCUAGCAGUUUGUCGUCACCGAAGCCUAUCACAUGCAGACUUUGUGGAUUCUUUUUUCAUGACCGCCGAAUAUAGGCGUUCAUACGCGAAGUGUUCCGCACCAGUUCCUGAUCCUUGCCACUGGUCAGCUUACAAUGGGCCUACUACUAUGGCCAACCCAGAUUUGAAAAGAGGCCCAGGCCGACGGUCCACUAGAAUCCGAAAUGAAAUGGAUGAGCGUCCCUAUCGUGUGAAGAAGGCAUGCAGUGUUUGUCGGCGACCUGGGCAUAACAAGAAGACAUGUCCUACUCUUAUUGGUGGUGUUGGAUCAUCUGGGUAA